AUGAGCUCCUCCAAGCUAACCGUUGCCGAAGUGAGCGAAUCCUUGCAGCGGUUUGGCAUUGCGGAUUACAUCGUGUUCGUGGCAAGCCUGUUAAUAUGUGUGGUGAUCGGUGUGUACUUCGGGUGGAAAGAUUGGAGCGUGCAGCGGAAGCGAAAACAUAACGUACGGCGUGGUUCGGAAGCGUUGAACUAUCUGGUUGGAGGAAGAAAGAUGAAAAUCUUCCCAGUUGCAAUGUCUCUGAUUGCCAGCUUCAUUUCCGGCAUUGCGGUUAUGGGUGCGUCCACUGAGACGUAUCUGCACGGGACACAGUUUUGCUACAUCUUUACUGGGAUCAUGCUGAUGGCGUUUUGUAUGAACUUCAUAUUUUUGCCCGUGUACCAGGGUCUCGAGAUAACGUCUGCGUAUGCCUAUCUACAGCUGAGGUUCGAUCGAAGAAUACGAUUGCUUGGAUCAGUACUAUUUACUGUGGCAACGCUACUUCAUCUUCCGAUCGUAAUUUAUGUGCCUGCUUUGGCAUUCAAUCAGGUGUCUGGUAUAAAUGUACACAUAGUAUCCACGAGUGUCUGCAUGGUGUGCAUUUUCUACACGUUGGUGGGUGGUAUUAAAGCGGUCGUUUGGACGGAUGUGAUUCAAAUGUUCAUCAUGAUUGGUGCUCUGAUCUUGAUCGUAAUUAAGGGAACAGCCGACAUUGGUGGGCUUGGUGUACUGAUCGAUAGGAACUUGGCGAGUGGAAGGAUUGAACCUCCAAAUUUCAGCCUCGAUCCAACUGAACGGCACACGAUCUGGUCCAUCUUUAUUGGUGGCGGAAGCUUCUGGGUGGCCAAAAAUUCAAUCCAUCAGAUGAUGAUCCAACGCUAUCUGGCGUUACCUACCUUUCGCGACGCUCAGAAAGCUCUCAUCUGCUUCACGGUUGGUAUGAUUCUUCUUCUGAUGACCUGCUUCUACAAUGGGCUACUGAUAUAUGCCACAUUCUACGAUUGUGAUCCCCUGACCACGGGAUUGGCGAAGGCGAAAGAUCAACUAUUGCCGGUGUUGCUGAUGAAAGUGCUGGGUAAUUAUCCCGGACUGGCGGGAUUGUUCAUAUCCGGCAUAUUUAGUGCAUCGCUUAGCUCACUCUCGACUGGACUUAACUCGCUUUCGGCGAUCGUGCUGGAAGAUUUUGUGAAACCUUUCGUUAAGAACUCGGUGAGCGAACGAAGCACUCGGUACAUAAUGCGUGGAACCGUUCUAGCAUUCGGCAUAGUGGCUGUCGUCUUGGUGCUGGUGGUGGAAAAGCUUGGUACCGUGUUGCAACUAUCGAUGAGCUUGGUGCCAAUUUCUUUGGGUCCGUUGUUAGGAUUGUUUCUGUUGGGGAUGCUGCUACCGUGGGUUGAUUCGACCAGUGCUUUCGGUGGAGCGCUAUGUGGACUGUGCACCAUGUCGUACAUCGUCAUACGGGCACAAAUAGCGGUAGCGGCAAAAGAGAUGCUCAUUCCAGCGAAGCCUGUUUCGGUGGAAGGAUGUGAGUACGAGUUCGUACUACCACCGGGGUAUAACACAUCCGCAACACUGCCUACACAACCGGUAGAAAAGUCCAUCCAUCACGUGUCCUACCUGUUCUACACAUUCAUCGGUGCCGUGACGACCGUUCUCGUCGGUUCCAUUACCGCCGCCAUCUUGCGACGUCAGCAACCGAACAAACUGGAUCCGCUGCUGGUCGCCCCAUUUGUUAGAAAGAUAUACUUCCCAGAAGCUGUACCGCGUACUAUAAUUACAACGCACACCUUCAAUAAAGCAGAUACCGAACUGUACAGCAUAGUGUUUCACAAGUACGCCACGCUGAUGUAG